AUGUUAUCCAAGUUGCUUUUGCUUGCUAUUUUUGCAAUUACCAUCUGCCAGGCCAGAAAGCUUGCUGAAGAGAAGCCCCUUCUUCACCAUUUGCACGCCUACGGUGGUGGUUUUGGAGGUGGAUAUGGCCAGGGAGGAGGAGUUGGGGGUGCUAUAGGGGGUGGAUAUGGUGCUGGAUAUGGAGGAUUUGGAGGCGGAGCUGCUGGUGGUGGAAAUGCUGGAUUUGGUGGUGGUGGUGGUGGUGGGAACGGAGGAUUUGGAAGAGGUGGCGGUGGAACAGGCGAUGGAGGUUACGGAGGAGGCAUUGGCGGAGAACCUAUGAAUGACCUACGACCUUGA